CGGAGUUUAAUCCGGAGCUGGAGCUGGAGCUGGAGCGGGUCGGGCUGAGAUGCGCCGCUAGCCCCGGAGCGCGGGGCCCUUUCCGGCCGGCGGCCUUUCUCCGGAAAGCAGUGACCCUCCCCACCCCCUCGCUCACAGGCUCCCUGUGUGGAUGGCUGCAGGGCCCUGACUCCCGCCCAGCAUGGAGCCCGACCUCCUGCCCCUCGUCCUGACGGCCGAGCCCUGGGGCUUUAACCAGCAGACCACGGAGCUGGGGCCAGGCACCCCCGGCCUGGACCCCUGCAGCCGGGACCUGGAGCGUCGCUACCAGGCCGUGCCUGCCGCAGUCUGCGCCCUCUGCUGCCUUUUUGGGGUCAUCUACAGCUGCUUCGGUUACCGCUGCUUCAAAGCCAUCAUGUUCCUGUCAGGGCUUCUCUUCGGCUCCCUGGUCAUCUUCCUGCUGUGCUACAAGGAGCGAGUCCUGGAGACGCAGCUGAGCCUGGAAGUGAGCGCGGGCAUCGCGCUGGGCAUCGGGGCGCUGUGCGGGCUGGUCACCAUGCUGGUGCACAGCGUGGGACUCUUCAUGACAGGGCUGCUGCUGGGGCUGCUGCUGGCCACAGCUGCCCUGGUGGCCACGGAGCCGCUCUACCAGCCACAGAGUCUGUGGGUGCCCGUGGGCAGCCUGCUGGGGCUGGCGCUGCUCUGUGCCCUGCUGGCUCUGCGCUGGCAGAAGCCACUCACCGUGCUCUCCACAGCCGUCUUCGGGGCCGCCGUCAUCGUGGGCUGCGUGGACUAUUUCGUGGAGCUGCUGGCGCUGCUGGGCUACGUGUAUGACCGGCUGCGCCUGGCACCCUCGCCCCCCCUCUGCUGGCACAGCUGGGCCGUCCUGGCACUCUGGCCGGCCCUCAGCCUCCUGGGCCUCCUGCUACAGUGGAAACUGACGGCCGAGGGCUACUCGCACACGGACGUGAUCAUCAGCCGGCGGCAGAAGCGGUUGCAGCUGCUGCGGAUCCGGCAGAAGGAGGCCAAGAAACGGCAGAGCCUCCCCCCGCAGGAGGGCAGCUACCGGCGGAAGCCCAACCCCGUCAAGCGCUACGCGGGCGACGUCCUGGCACCAAGCUACAUCCAGAGCCUGCGGGAUCGCCAGCUGGGCACCGGCAGCGCCACCCACACUGUCCUCGACCUGGACUACGACUGCGGCUCCACCGUGCCCCUGACGGCCCCUGCGCCUGGCGGGCGCCUCUGACCGGGGCAGGGGCUUCACUUCAUUCCACUUGUGCCUUAGGCGCGGAGGCGGCAGCGAUGGGGGGAGGGUGGGGAGACCGUUUUGCUGGUGACACUUGACUCCCUCCUCACCCCACCCUACCCCCGAGCUCUCUCCCCAGCCCAGCAGCUGCAGUUCCCAGGUAGAAUGGAUACCUGCCUGCCUGGCCCUUUAAAUAUUCAAAACAGCUGCCUUCCCCGGCCCCUAUUGGCCUGUCCAGAGGGGAGGCGGGGCUCCGGGGAUACAGCUGGUUCCAUCCGAUCUGCUCUCCAGGGUCAGGUUGGGGACCCUGCUCUGGGUCCCCCGCAAUGUCCAGUCUCUCCCGUUCGGACUCCCCUGUCCCCCCCCAGCACUGGGGUGGGGUCAGAGCCCCCUGCCCCAUUGCUGGGGGGCUCUGCCUUGGGCCCCGAGUUAAAGCUCUGCCCAGGCCGGGUGGGGAGCAGCAGUGGGGGCCCAGAGGCCGUGUGGAGGGGCUGGCAUGGAGCAUUCUGGGAACUCAGCAGCCGCCCCUGCCCGAGCCCCAUCUGCCAGCCCUGGGCGGUACAGGGGGCUCGCAGGCUGGGAGGGGGUCUGUACACACAGGCACUGCCGCCAUGGCAGAUGCCCAGCAAAGGGGGCGGGGGGCAUCUUCUGCCAAGGUUGGGCCCAGCGGGGGGGACCCAGAUCCCCUGGCCUGCAAGGAUGACAGCCAAGGCCCAGCUGCUUCUAGCAGCACUUUCCUACCCCACUGGCUCCAGCAGCCCCAUCUCAGCCCUGGCUCCCGAGAGGGGAAGGAGCCGGUCCCCCUGUUUAUACCCUAUGUACUGUACCGGGGGUGGGGGUGGGGGGCACAUUAAACUGCCUUAUAGACC